AUGGCUGACACAGGGAGUUCAAGAGUCGAACUUGAGCCUCCAGAUUACGAUUCUCUGUCCAUCGCUCCUCCUUACGUCGAUGUCGAUACCUCUUCUCAGCAGCCCGGCGAGUCGAGCAGACACGCACCACUACCUGAAACGCGCAAGAAGUCAUGGAUGGAGAAAUUGAAAGAGAUGAGAAUCGAAGACGAGAAGCGAAAGAAAGAGCGCAUCCAAUACGUUACACCACAAGAGGCUGAUCGAAUUACCGGUCUGCAGAGACGUAGAGAGGAAGAGAAGUACCAGCGGGGCAACCCAACCCUUGUAGCUUGGUUACUUUCUUGA